AUAGGACGCAGAGCCCGAAGGAGGCUGCAGGAUGCUCGGCGCCACAUCUACCGUCUCACCGCUGCACGGAGGCUUCUCCCGGCACACCGAGAGCAGGCGAUUCUCCCGGCUCACCUGGCCUUAGUAUGCGCUCAGAUCAUCCCGUGUGUCUAUCAGCAGCCUGGGCUGACAGGGCGGACUCUACAGCUCCCAUAUGGGAACCAAUUGAAGGUGACACCAGGUGUUAGCUGCUCUUGUCCUGCCUGAGCGUCCGUUCCCCAGUUUUUUACCCCACUGGUCCGUCCCCUGAAGCAGUCCCCAGCAUGAGUUCCUCUCCGCUCGUGUCUCGAGCCAACAUGGACAUCCUGGACGAGCUGCAGCUGAUCGCAGCCCAGAACCUGGAGAGGCUGGAGGUCAACAAGUAUUACGAGGUGAUCAGGGAGUUGGGCAAGGGUACCUACGGCAAGGUGGACCUGGUCAUUCACAAGAUCAGAGGUACAAAAAUGGCACUGAAGUUCCUGAAGAAAAAGACAACCAAGCUGAAGUCGUUCCUGCGGGAGUACAGCAUCUCCCUCUACCUGUCUCCCUGCCCUUUCAUCAUCAACAUGUUCGGCAUCGCCUUCGAGACAGACGAGUACUACGUGUUCGCGCAGGAGUACGCUCUGGCAGGAGACCUCUUUGAUAUCAUUCCUCCACAGGUCGGUCUUCCUGAGGCAGUGGCAAAGCGUUGUGUGCACCAAGUAGCCAUCGCUCUAGACUACCUGCACUGUAAGAAGCUGGUCCACAGGGACAUCAAGCCUGAAAACAUCCUAAUUUUUGACCGAGAGUGCCGCAAGGUCAAGCUGUCUGACUUCGGCAUGACCCGCAGAGCUGGCUCACCAGUGAAAAGAGUGAGUGGCACCAUCCCCUACACGGCCCCGGAGCUCUGUGACGUGUCCCGCCAUGAGGGUUUCUGCGUGGACUACAGCACUGACGUCUGGGCCUUCGGCGUGCUGCUCUUCUGCAUGCUGACCGGCAACUUCCCCUGGGAGAAGGCGCUGCCUUCCGACUCCUUCUACCAGGAGUUCAUCCGCUGGCAGAGGAGGAGGACGAACACGGUGCCGUCCCAGUGGAGGCGCUUCACCGAACAGGCCCUCCGCAUGUUCCGCCGGCUGCUCUCUGUGGAACAGGACCGCCGCUGCUCCGUCAAAGAGGUCUUCGGGUACUUCAGCCACUCCUGGAUGCUGGAUGCGGAGAACAACAACAACAAUGGCAACAGCAAUGCCGGAAGUGGUGGGGAGAGGGUUGGUGGCGGCGGAGGAGGAGCAGGAGGGGGAGGUGGAGGAGGGGUGCGGGGAGAGGUGAACGGCACUAUCUCAUCAUCCUCGUCCGGAGAAGAAGACGAAGAGCUCCUUGUGGAGAGGAUGAAGCAGCAGACUUUAUCUCCUCUCUCCCCGCUGUCACCUCUCUCUCCCAUGUCUCCGGUGGUGGUGGACAGGGGUAACGGCGGCGGGGCUAAGGGCGGGAUGAUGGAACCAGGCGGCGGCCACCAUUUCGUGUCCGUCUCCACCAACAGCUCUGUGUCGUCCACCAACAGUUACGAUCGGAUGCCGCGAGAAAACAGUUCGCCCGGCGGCCGCAUGCUAGUGGCUACGCCCAUUGAAAUCUGCGUCUGAAUGCGUCAGAAUGUUAAUGUUGUCACAGACUCACCAGUACACACUUUUAUACCUCUCAUCCAACCACGUAGACGUGCAUGCUUGGAAAAAGAAACAGACAAUGAGUACUAACACGUAUCCUGUCUUAAACAUCUUGGGAAAGGAAGAGCACACACGCAGAAGAGAAGGUAUUUGUAGAAUGCAUACAUUCCUCAUGAAGUAGGGUUUUUGGUCAAAGUGGAGUCAAGAGUCCAAGAAAAGCCCCAUUUACGCUUUGAUUUCAAUGACGCGUGCAAAUCCAGUUUUGUGAAACCCAGAGGAGAAGUGAAAGAUUGCUUCCAUUAGAGAUUCUGUCACUGAAACCAUCUGACAAGAUGACCAAAAUGUAUUUCUCAAAGCAAUACUUCCAGCAAAAAAAGAGCAAAUGGAGACACAAAAGAGUGCUGUGUGAUCUCUUCAGGACGUGACCGAGUGUCAUUUUUGAAUGACGCCAAGGGACAAAGGAUUUGUAUUUUUGAAGAAGACUAAAACAGUCCAAGGUAAUACCUUGUAAGAUAAAGACGAGCGAGCGGUGGUUUUAAAUGUUUCAUGUGUAACAAAAAUGUGAAAGUGCGAGUGUGUUUGUCGUGUGUAUCACUGUGUGUGUAUGAAUCCAAAAGAAGUGGAUUUAUUUUGCUUUGAGAAUUGUAUUUAUUUGAAUCUAAAAAAGACUACACACUAUUUUUUCUAUUGUUUUUUUGUAAAGCAGCUUUCUCUUAUUUCCGUUCCACUUCAAUUUGUUGUAAUUUGAUGUUCUGGCAAAGCUGUGCCAAAUCUACUUCUCUGUGCAACAUAUUUGGUUGGCUGCUGUACAUAUUAGUAUGAAUAGUUGUAUUUUAAGUAUGAGGUGGUUUUCAGACGGAAUAUUUUACCGUCCAUGACGUCAGACUUGACUGAGAGAAGGCUUAUGAUGUCUCUGUUCUUCAUGUCAAACAUAUCUACUUCACUACUGAAAGACUAUUUUCUACUCACUCUCGAAAUUCAGUUUGUAUAGCUUCUGUUUUCUUUGAAACCUUUUUCCGAAACAUUCUGUUUGUAUUGCGUAUGUUUUCUUCGAAACUUUUAGCAAAAUGUAUUAACUGGAAAGGAAAAAGAAAAAGGAUCACAUAGCAUUUUCAAUUCAAUCUGAAGGAAAAAAAAUCACAGAAGAUGUUACAGUCACCUUUUAUAAAUUGCAUGACAAACUCAAACUUACCUUUUACGAAAAAUUUGAACUGGCUUUACAAAAAAAAAACCUCGGGGGGGAAAAAGGACAAAAAGAAACGUAAAAUGUUGUGAUGUGGAAUUUUUGCCGUAGCACAAUUUCUUGCAUUAUGUCCCAGAGUGAAUAUUGCCGUCAUGAUCUCCUGAGACAUCCUAGGGCUAAAAAAAUCUGAACAAUAAUUAGUUUCUACUCAGUGUGUUGUAUUUGUAUUGCUAUUAAUGUCGUGUACUUUUUACCACCUUCAGGAGCAGAAAAAAAGCAAAGCAUGAGGACAUAGAGUGAGAGGCUUGAAUUUAAACCACAGGUAGGGAAUUACAUUAUGUAAUUUUAGAAGAGAUUUUUGCUUCUAAAUUGCCACUUUUAGUAAAGUAGUGUGGCGUUGAUGUUUUUUUUACCAAGUUAAAAUUAACAGCAAAAAAAGUAAUUUCUUUCUUUGACUCAUCCUGAAUAUUAUCUAAAUAAUUUGAAGAAAAAAAAAGCAUUGGAUCAUACACAGGAAUGGGCGUUUCGUGUGUUGCUUUCCAGACAUAAAUCUGCAUGAACUUGUAUGUGCUAAAGCUCUGUUGUGAAAACCCGCUCCGUGUUCCUCCUGUCACAAGCUGUAGUACUCUGUAGAUGUAGUAUAGCUGCAAACAACAUGUUUCUUUAUCUUGUGAGAGUCACUAGCCUCAGCUUGGAUAUGCCUGACUGAGGAACAGCUAACCUCAGUUCAGCCCUUACAUAAACCGUUUGGAUCAUGUUCAUCAAAGCUGCUCCCGGAUCAGUGAGCCAGUAUGCAAAUUACUACAUCUUGUGACAAUCUCUGACCUCAUCGGCAGCCUUCUGACUCAGAACAAAGGACGGUCCUGAUACAGACACUGUAGCUGUGCUGUUUUCUGUAGCCGCUUGCUCUCCGUGAGCCAGCUGCGAGCAGCGCUGGCUCUGCAGCGUUUACUGUGUAAGCUCCGGCACAUCAGAUUCAGCUGGUGAGGCCUUUCACAUGACCGUAUGAAGAGGAGAUUACAUGGGCCUGUACAUUACCUCAUCGUGUCAUUCUUUCUCUGCAGUAUUCUCCCUGAAACCACUCUUCUUCUCCUCCUUAGCCUUUCCCUGAUUUUCUCGGGGUAUCAAACCUCCCUCUUAAAAAGUAUUCAGUCUAAAGUCAAGUGACAAAUGUUGUACAUCUGGCAGUGGUGGAGCCAAGGGGUGCCCAGUACGAAAAUAAAUGAAUGAGAACUAGCAUGUAAUUAGUUCAGACUAUAUGGAACGCUACCCAUAAUAAAAACAAUAAUAAUAAUAAUAAAAUACGCUGCAGAAUUAACAUUGUUUAUUUGCCGUGCCCCCCUGCUUUAGUGAGUUGUACUAAUGCUAACGCAGGCAUUUUGAGAAGACAAUUAACAGCUUUACCUUUGUCUACAAGUUUCCCAACUGUUGUGUCCAAUCAUGAUUAUCAGUUGAUCACAGCUCGCUACUUCCCUCCACAUGUAUCCUCCUCGUAUUUUGGAGUACAAGGACUGCAAUUUCAAAUAGAAAGGGACAGCCCUAGUGGCCACAAUAGAAACUAAAUUCUAGACACCCCAUAAGUCCAGACAGCAUCACUUUUCUGGUCAAGCCAGCCUACCAAAAACCUUUGGUAGCCAGCUGCAAGUAGCCCUGGCAACAGGAUAUUGAAGGUGCCCCGUUGAGUUUUAAUGCAAACAAUGUUGUGUUGAUGCACUGCUACCUACUUACUGCCACCAACUGUCAGCAAAAUAGCUUAAAAACCGAGUUCCACUACUUCCACUACUACUCGUGUGUGUGUAUGUGUCCCAAACCCAUUCGUAAAACACUGCUUAUAGCACUACUAGUGGUCAAAAACUCCACAGGUACCUUUAACUUUGCAGUAUUGUCUCUCAGUUCAAGUGCAGACAGCUGUUUGCACCUACACUGCAUCAAUGUGGUGUAGUAAAGUGUGUUCUGACAUUAGUACGUUUUAUACUUCUCCGAACGAGGAGAUUCAUCAUUAUUCGGGCUCAUUUUAAGCAAAAUGGCCAAAUUGUGGUCAUAAGCAAACAUCCUCUAACUUCCACUUAAUUGUUAACAGCCUAUUAAAUAUGAUCUCUGAUGGUGUACUCUAAGCAUCUGGUUCAUUUAGCAGUGAAUGGAUUAAAAAGAACAUGGCACCGUGCCACGCAGAAAAAAACUGAAAAAGGCAGAUUUCUGUGACAGUGAAUAGUCAACCACUCGUAUGCACACUGUUUGGCUCCACCACUGCGUGAGAUAAUUCCACUUGUUGAAAUGCUGAUACAUUAGUUUCAGAUGGUGGUGAGACCAACACCAAGAAAUUGAUACUUGAAACUAAAGAAACAAGUUGACUUUCAGUAUAAUCUCAGUAUAAUUUAAUCCCAGUGGAGGACACCAGAAUGUUAGAAUGGAUAUUUUGGUAUAGUGGUGUGUUAGGAUGAAACAUGAGUUGCUCCUGAUACAAUCAGGUCCAGUAUCCGCUGCAGCUGAGGACACCCGACCUGGAAGGAAGGAUGAGUCAUUAAGGGAUACGUCACCUUUCCCUUUUCUUCCUCACAACGCCUGAAUUGGUCGCUGCUGCCUCCUCACCUCAUCCAUAACGUAAUGUGUUGUAAUGGAGUUCCAGUGUCUUUACUGUGACAUAUUUCAAAGCAUCAUUAUUUUGGUGGAGUUUUAGUGAGUAGAUGAUCACAGCACUAGAACUCGUAUCCGGUUCUGUCUUUGCAAUACAACUGUCUUCCUGUAAGCUGAGAUUUAGUCAAUAAAAUGAGAAUUCUUGUUGGAGUGA